CAUCUGAAAACGGCGUCUUCAAUCUCGAAUCUAAAUCCAAACUUGAUGAUACGUUCACUUUUUUGAAGUGCAAACCAUUCCUUCUAAGGCCGAACUCGGAAUUUGUCACAAUAUAGAAGCAACAAUGCCCUCCUCUUUGCCCGAAAACUUGGAAGGGUUGAUCCCGGACGACACGCAACGGGCUCUUCUGGAAGAUUUGUGUUCCGAAGAACUCGGUCAAGCGCACCUUUUAGAUGCCUACUGCGAAGGCGGUAGCGUUGACGACGACAAGCUCCGUAGUCUGUGCCAGCAAUUGGUAAAACUCGAUGGGGGGUACCCUGGAGGAUUGCGAUCCUAUGUCCAAAAGGCAAAGAAAUUAUUGCAGGACAGCAAGGCUGGCGUCAACCCCCUAGACGGAUGGGCCCCGUCGGUGCCUCAAGGAGAGUCCUUUGAACUCGGCACCGACAAAUAUCGAGAAACGGAAUCGAAGGGUAUGGAGCUGUUAGAAAAAGUAGGGUUUGUCCUCGUUGCUGGAGGUCUUGGAGAACGACUGGGUUACAAUGGAGCAAAGGUAGGUUUUUGGGAUCGAUUGUAUGCAGAUUUUUGUUUAAAGAAUAACAUUUUGGCAAGAGAGAAAUGCACUCCAGAGUAUGUUUCGUCACUGAGUAUCUGAUUAAAAAUCUAUCGGACAUUUCAACUUUAUAGAUUGGACUUCCCACUGAAUCCACUACCGGCACUCUGUAUAUAGAGUACUACGCAUCCUACAUCUUGGCAGCUGAGAAAAAGAGGAACGACGGCAAGUUCUUGCCGUUGUGCAUAAUGGUAUCGAACGACACGAAAGAGCCAACCCUGCGACUUUUGAGGGAAAACAAAUGUUUCGGUUUAAAGCGGAGACAAAUAUACAUUGUGCAGCAGGGUGAUGGUGUCCCGGCCUUGGUUGACAACGAGGCCCACUUUGCUGUGGAUCCAGAUGAUCCCUACAGAAUUAUUACGAAACCCCACGGCCACGGCGACAUUCAUUCCUUGCUGUACAAGGAAGGUGUUACAAAGGAAUGGCAAGAAAAAUUGGACAUUGAGUAUAUGGUAUUGUUUCAAGACACCAAUGGACUUGCCUUCCACACGCUUCCUCUCUUGCUGGGAGUAUCGAAACAACAUGGUUUUAUUAUGAAUUCGUUGUGUGUCCCCCGAAAGGCCAACCAAGCGAUCGGGGGUAUCACUACGCUGACAAACUCCUCGACAGGGCAGGAAAGGUGAGUAUUUGGCUUGGAAGCAAGAAGAUCAAUACCAUGUUUCCAAAGCUAUUGUGGAACAUCCAUAAGAAAGCAACAACGAUUUGAAUCGGCAUAUGUAUCCCACAUCUCACAACGUCUCUUUGAACGACAUUCAUUUCUUUGUUGAACUCCCACCUAUAUUGCGAAUUCCAGAACGGUCAACGUCGAAUACAACCAGCUGAAUCCUCUCCUGCGAUCCACGGAAGAAUUCAAAGAUGGCGACGUGAACGACGAGUCCACCGGAUACUCCCCCUUUCCCGGAAACAUCAACCAGCUCGUUUUUCACCUAGACAGUUACAACAAGGUCUUGGAGCGCACCAAGGGCGUCAUGCCCGACUUUGUCAAUCCAAAGUACAAGGACAAUACGAAGACCGUCUUUAAAAAGCCAACGCGGCUGGAGUGCAUGAUGCAGGAAUUCCCGACGGUGCUGAGCACCGAGGAGUCCACUCACGUUGGGUUCACCCAGGCCGCCGCCAGCAUCUGCUUCAGCCCCGUGAAGAACGCGGUGGCGGACGGGGCCGUCUUGCAGGCCAAGGGGACCCCUCCCGGAACGGCGGCCACGGGGGAAGCGGACCAGUACGCCGCCCCCCGCAUCUUUCUGCGGAGCCUCGGGUGUGACGUGAAAGACGCCGACCCGGUCGUGUACAACGGCAUCGAGGUGGUCCCGGGCCCAGCCAUCGUUUUCGGGCCCGAUUUUGCGUGCUGCCAGAGAGAACUCGAGGCGAAGUUUCCGUGCCCGGAGAAGGUGAAGAUUUCACCUCGAUCGACGCUCGUUGUUAGGGGGUCGGACGUCGUAAUCGAGAGCCUAGACCUGGACGGAACUCUCGUCGUGGACGCCGGCGCCAGAGAAGCGGUGACGAUCAAGGAUCUCGUUGUCAAGAACGAGGGCUGGGUUCAGGUUCCCACAGCCGACGACUCCGAGAAAGAAAUCGUGCGCAUGAGGGGUUUCAUCAUCGACCGCAAGGAGACCGAGACCAUCAAGGCCCACAACAACAAGCCAGACGGGAUCCCAGAUGACUCCUCGAUAGACGACAGCGUGCCCUACGAGGUCAAUUUUUGAGUGGAGUGGUAAUCAUAGUAGAAAUCGAUCUUCCAAGCCACAACCGGAUCAUACGCGAAUAUACCGUUUAGUAUGUA